AUGACAAGCAGAGUUCUUCGAGUCAUUAUCAUGGGCCCACCAGGGGCAGGGAAAGGAACGAUAUCAUCAAGAAUUGCAUCGGCAUUCAAGCUGCCUCACCUCUCGAGCGGCGACCUCCUCCGUACACACAUCUCCCAAGGCACCCACAUAGGCCGAGAGGCCAAGCGGUACACCUCGGAGGGUCUCCUGGUCCCAGACCAAACCAUGGUCUCUCUCAUCCUGGACUCCAUCUCUGGGUCUGAGCUACGGUGGCUCUUGGAUGGAUUUCCUCGCACGCUCCCUCAAGCCAAAGCCCUGUCUGAAAACGUUGGAGUUGACACUGUUAUCAAUCUGGAUGUUCCGGAUUCCACGAUCAUCGACAGGAUUAAAGGGCGCCGGGUUCACCUCCCCAGCGGUCGUGUGUAUCACGACGAGUAUAACCCUCCGAAAGUGGCUCGUUUGGACGACCACACGGGGGAGGAGCUGAUUCAAAGACCUGAUGAUCAUCCAGACACUGUGAGAGAGAGACUCCAACACUACAACUCACAGACGAGGCCUGUACUGGACUACUACGAGAAACUGAAUCUCCUACGUUCUUUUACUGGUACGGAAUCAGACGUCUUGUGGCCACAGAUUGAGACAUUUCUUCACAGUGAGUUUUCAACAGAAUAA